UUAACCUACUAGUUUUGCUAAGAAAAACUUAAGGUAGUAAAAGAGAGAUCAUCAAACGUACCAUGUCUUUUAGUGAUGAAGUAUCAUCAGCUCCUAAGCAACUCCGGUGGUUCUUUUCCCAUUCGCCGCUGUUCGGCACACCGGCCGGGCUAAGCUCCGAUGAUGCUAUUAUACCCAAGAGCCCCAUAAGUUUUCAAAUAAUGACUCCCAUAUCCAGCCCCAUGAAAAAGGUUGUUACAAGCAUGCAUAGUUACUUGGAAGAAGUUGGUCACAUUACAAAGGUUGACCCCCAAGAUGCUUGGCUUCCUAUCACUGAAUCUAGAAAUGGUAACGCCUUUUAUGCUGCCUUUCAUACCUUAUGUUCAGGGAUCGGUUUACAAGCUCUUCUGCUUCCCUUAGCUUUCACAUCCCUUGGUUGGAUCUGGGGCGUUACAUGCCUUUCAAUGGCAUUCAUAUGGCAGUUGUAUACAAUAUGGUUGCUAAUCCAAAUGCAUGAAUCAGAAAACGGCACACGAUAUAGUAGAUACCUUCGACUCUGUAUGAAAGCCUUUGGUGAAAGGCUAGGGAAACUACUAUCUUUGUUCCCAAUUAUGUACUUAUCAGGUGGUACGUGCGUUGCUCUUGUCAUGUUUGGAGGAGAGACGAUGAAGAUUUUCUAUGGAACAGUGUGUGGGCCCGCUUGCAAAGUGACUAACCCCUUAACCACUAUAGAAUGGUACAUGGUCUUUACUUCCUUUGCUGUGAUACUUGCUCAACUCCCCAACUUGAACUCAAUUGCUAGAAUCUCCCUUAUUGGAUCCAUAACCGCUAUAGGGUACUGUAUCCUUAUAUGGGUCGUAUCUGUGUUUAAAGAACGACCCGUGAACAUAUCCUACGAGCCGACCCAUAUUGAGUCUGACGCUGCUAGGGUUUGUAGGGUUCUUAAUGCAAUUGGGAUGAUUGCUUUUGCCUUUAGAGGGCACAACUUAGUGCUGGAAAUACAGGGAACAAUGCCAACUAGUACAAAAUACCCAUCAAGAAUACCAAUGUGGCGAGGAGUGAAGUGUGCAUAUGUGAUUAUUGGACUGUGCUUGUUUUCUGUCGCAAUUGGUGGAUAUUGGGCCUAUGGAAACUUGAUCAUACCUACAAAUGAAGGGCUACUAAACGCCGUGCAUAAGUACCAUGAGCACGACACAUCCAUGUUUAUACUGUGUUUCACAAGCCUGCUUGUUGUGAUUCACAUCCUCAGUUCAUUCCAGAUAUAUGCAAUGCCGGUUUUUGACAACAUGGAAUCCCGAUACACAAGCUGCAAGGAGAGACCAUGCCCUCGAUGGUUGAGAUCGGGAAUCCGUGCCUUCUUUGGAUGCUUAGUAGUCUUCAUAGCAUUUGCAUUACCAUUCUUGCCGAGUUUGGCUGGACUAUUAGGAGGUAUUGCACUGCCUGUCACCUUAGCAUAUCCCUGCUUCAUGUGGAUAAAUAUCAAGGAACCGCGAAAGUUUAGCUUAAUGUGGUACCUUAAUUGGGGGCUAGGAUGUCUUGGGAUACUUCUGAGCAUUUUGCUGGUGACCGGCGCUAUAUGGAGUAUAGUGAUAACAGGGAUUCCAGUCCACUUCUUCAAGACAGAAUGAUUGAAAAUGUUUGUAGAUUUCAACUCAAUGAAAACAGCAAUAGCAUAGUGGUAAAUUUCAACAAAAACCAGAAUAAUUUUCCAUGUGGUUUAUGUGAAAUGUGCUAUGAUGUGUAAAAUUUCCACAAUAUUACAGCAUGCCUUCUGUAAAUGAAUGCAAAGUUCAUGAGCCAUAAUAGCCACUGAUAACCAUGUUAUAUAAUGUCUCGAUACUAGCUAUAUAUACACUGUAGGUGUGUUUUUAUUUUA